UCAAAGAACAGCAAAUCUUACUGUUUUUCUACACAAAUAAAUAUGCAAAUGAGCUCAUGGCUUUAUAGAACAUAACGGCAACUUUGUGCGCAUGCGUCAGCAACUUCUCCCCGAACAGACUUGUUAGAGUGGAGACUCCAUGAGGUUCCUCAGCUGGAUCCCGUUAUGGAGUUCAUGCAGGAAAACCGGGAGACUCUGGGAGUAACCCGGGAAUCUCGGUUGGCUGCUGAUAAGGUUUGAUCGAGCAGAGUCCAAGAAAAGUCAACACACGCGUGCACGCAUCCUGACCCGGUUGUGUCUUUCCAAAUCAAGCGAAUCCGAAUCGAUACACGUUCCGCGCGCACGGUAUCCUAUUUGAUUUACGUUACAUUCCCCAAUAUACCGGCUAUGCCUCGUCCAUAAUUAUGACGUCACACUUACGACAUGACCCCGCCCAUAUUCUGAGCACGUGCCAUCCGCUACGUCUAUGUAUAUACAUAUAUAUAUAGAGAGCGGGAAAGAGAGUUAUGAUACAAGUCUCUCACGCGAGAGUUGCAACUGCGCGCGUGCUCGUUUUCAAGCGCGCGCUCCGGUACCCGGUAUGGUUUUAUAAGGACUCACAUAGGCGCGAGAGGAGCUGCACGAGCCGUUUACAUCAACCAGGACACCCGAAAACCGAAGCAUGGAUGGUACGAAGAAAGGAGGCCAUGGGGCUACAGUGAGCUUCCACAACAUCCACUACAGCGUCACCUGCCGGACUGGGAUACUCUGCAAACAGAAGAAGACCCACAAAGACAUCCUCAUUGACCUCAAUGGAAUAAUGAAGCCUGGACUGAACGCCAUACUGGGGGCCACAGGCAGCGGGAAAUCCUCUUUUUUGGAUGUGCUAGCGGCGAGGAAGGAUCCCAAAGGACUGACUGGAGAGGUGCUGAUAGAUGGAGCACCACAGCCGCCCAACUUUAAAUGUCUGUCUGGAUAUGUAGUACAGGACGAUGUGGUGAUGGGAACUCUGACCGUGAGAGAGAAUCUACGCUUCUCGGCAGCUUUAAGGCUUCCGACAUCUAUCAGUCAGAAGGAGAAGGAGGAGAAAGUGCAGCGACUGAUUGAUGAGCUCGGGCUGACUAAAGUAGCUGACUCACGGGUGGGCACCCAACUGAUUCGUGGAAUUUCGGGAGGUGAGAGAAAGAGGACCAACAUCGGCAUGGAGCUCAUCAUCGAUCCGUCUGUCCUUUUCUUGGAUGAGCCAACGACCGGUCUGGAUGCUAACACGGCUAACUCUGUACUAUCCCUAUUAAAGAGGAUGUCUGCUCACGGCCGGACCAUCAUCCUGUCUAUUCACCAGCCACGCUACUCCAUUUACCGGCUGUUCGAUUCCCUCACCCUGCUGGCGGCAGGAAGGCAGGUUUACCAUGGGCCUGCUCAGAGUGCACUGCAGUACUUCAGUGACAUCGGCUUCAGCUGUGAACCUCAUAACAACCCCGCUGACUUCUUCCUGGAUGUCAUUAAUGGAGAUUAUACUGCGCUGUCUCAAGACAAACUGGAGGAUAAUGCAGAACCGGAUCAGAAGCAGAGCGCACCGGACCGUCAGCCCAUCGAGGACCGUCUGGUGCAGGAGUACAAGCAGUGGUCGCACUACAAGCAGACCAAAGACGAGCUGGAGGAGAUCACUCAGGGCCGGAAUUACGACAACCGGCCCAAAUCCCGCACCGUCACCUACAGCACGUCUUUCGGCCACCAGUUCAAAUGGGUGUUGAAGAGGACGUUCCGCAACCUGAUGCUCAAUCCACAGACCUCCUUCGCUCAGGUCGGCGUGACUCUUUUCUUAGCUCUGAUCGUCGGCGCCAUCUUUUUCAGCGUGCCAAACAAUUCAAGUGGAAUCCAGAACAGAAUGGGCGCCUUGUUCUUCAUCACCACCAACCAGUGUUUCGGCUCGCUGUCCUCUGCUGAACUCUUCAUCACAGAGCGCAAGCUCUUCCUACACGAGUAUGUUAGUGGUUAUUACAGAGUGUCGGUGUACUUCCUGUGUAAGCUGCUCUCGGAUAUUCUCACCCUGCGCACAGUUCCAGCCAUCAUCUUCAGCUCGGUGGCCUACUGGAUGAUCGGGUUCAAAGUGGAUACAGGAUCGUUUUUUUUCUUCAUGUUCACUGUUGCCAUGACCGCGUACACCGCGACAUCCAUGGUGAUGGCCAUUUCGGCCGAUCAGAACGUGGUGGCCAUCGCCAACAUCUACAUGACCAUCAGCUUUGUGUUCAUGAUGAUUUUCUCAGGCUUGUUGGUGAAUUUGCCGAGCAUUGCUGACUGGCUAAACUGGCUAAAAUACUUCAGCAUUCCCCGCUAUGGCCUUACGGGUCUCCUGGUGAACGAGUUUGUUGGGCUGGAAUUCUGUGACCCUCCAACAACUCUGCCUCCUCACUUCAAUAUCACUAUAGGAACCAAUUCCAGCUGUACGACCGGAGAGAGAUUUCUGACGGCGCAGGGCAUUGACUAUUCCACCUGGGGCAUGUGGCAGAAUAUCGUGGCUCUGGGCUGCAUGAUCGUCAUCUUCCUGAGUAUCGCAUACCUCAAACUGCGCUUAAUUAAGAAAUUCACAUAGAUGGAUGCGCACACACAUUUACACUGGGUUUCGAGUUGUUCAAUGACUAAAUGUUUCCUCCCUUUAUUACAUUUUGCGCUAAUUAUUAUACUUCUCAAGCCCUGCUUCAUGAUUAGCUCCGCCCCCUCAAUCCCACCUUCCUUUUCCUUAAAGCUUUCCCAAAUUUCAUCAACAGUAAUAUAAGCUACAGCAUCUAUUUAUUUUUUUCUUAAAACAUGCAUUUAUUCUCCAAAGCACUUGAACAGUAUUUCUGCCUGGUUUAUCCUCUACACAAAAUCCUCCAUUAUAGUUUUUUGGGUUCCAAUUAUUAUAAAAAUAAGAAAAAGCAUUUUUUUUUUUUAUGCAGGAAAAUAACUAUGCAACAUUUGCUGAUUUGUACUCAUUUUUAUAUAUACACAAAUGAGAGCAUGAUUGUUGUCCUGCACAUAAUUUUCAUAAGUACAUAGGAACAAUUCACUUUUGUUCAUGCAAUUUAUUUUUUUAUUAUUAAAAAAAAUGUAAUUCCAAUUUGAAGCUGCUUCCAAUAAUUAAAGCACAUUUUUCACAAGCUUAA